UACUUGCCGUGGUGUUGAAAGAUUUGGCAUAUUAAUCAUGUCGAAGAACUCAAAGACAUUGAAAGACUCCAUGCAUAACCCCGCCAACUCCAAGGUGAAGGUGGAGACCUGCACCGAUGCCCAGGCCCUUGACGCGUCGGAUCCCGUCUUCGCUCCAUCGUCAAUGAUCGAGUGGAGCCCUCCAGCCCCACUCCAUCCCAAGGCCAUACCUGGGGCACGCAACUCUGUCAAAACCCCUAUGACGAUGGAGCAAGAAGUCAAGUGGCUCAAGCUCCAAGUUGAGCAGAUGCAAGCCAAGCUCACCAAGAGCAUCGCCGGCUUGCGAGAUGAGGUCGUCGACUACAAGGCGAAGGGCAACUCGCCCAGCAGCCCCAUGGCGGUCGAGCAGGAAGUGAAAUGGCUCAAGCUUCAGUCUGAGCAGCUGCAUACCAAGCUCACCAAGGGCAUUGAUAGUGUGCGAAACGACCUUGAAGACGUCAAGUCAAAGCGCAACUUGCAGAGCAGUCCCAUGGUGAUCGAGCAAGAGGUCAGAGGCCUCAAGCUUCAGGUCGAACAGAUGCACACCACGCUCUCCAAGGGCAUCACUAGCAUGCGAAGUGAUCUCGAAGAUGUCAAGGCCAGGCUUGAGAAGGUGAACACCGCGACCGUUCAGGCGGAUCACAUGACGAAUGGGUAUGUCGUCGUCAAGGCUGAUAAAUCAGAAGCGGGUCUGAUCAAGACCCCCGCUAUCAUCAACACGAAUGGACCCAUGAAUGGGCAAGCAAAUGGACCCGUCAAGAUGGUAAAUGGAGUCAAAGGCGUUUAUAAUUCCCACCUGAGCUUGUGAGUUUAUUUACUCCUCUACUUCCUUCCUCUAUUCCACCGCAUAUUCCAGACCCUCCAAUCGCGUAGAAAAUAGACUACUACUUCUACUAUUUUCCUCUACCCACCAUCUCGCCUUUAACGCUCUUGAGCGCGGAGAAGCUGGAGUACAUACUGACCUGGACUAGGGCCGCUGAAGCCGCCCCCGAACGUGAAGAGGAGAAGGCCGCGGCCAAGGAUCAGCAACCCGGGAGCGAGAUGGACAGCAUCCAGGGCAGCU